AUGGCGCUCUUCAAAAAGUAUCCUGGAAAAAAGAAGGACGGCGACGACGGCGACCGCCGCGCGGAAGAGGACGACCUCUUCCUCCCGCGCGAGUCGGCCGUCUUUCGCCUGCUGAAGGGUGGAUCCAAGCACUUUGGCUCCUAUGCCUUCCGCUCGGCCUUCUUCUCGCACUGCCUGGACACCAAUGUGUUGAAAGCUUUGAUGUGUGCCCAGAUACCAGCGCCCCACUGGCAACGGCGCGUCUCAGGCGUCGCUUGCGCCAGUAGCUUGGAGCAGGAGGUGAAUCUGUUGGAUUGGCGAGCGUUGGAUGCAGAGGCCUUUGUCGCCUUCCGCGGCUGCCGUUGCGCCUCGUUGAUCUUCGAGGCCCAUGCCUUGGAGGAGCCCGAGUGCCCUCUCUUGCCUGAUGAGCUUGAGUUGUUGGAGAGGACAAACUAUGGCCUUGCAUACACGUCCAAGGUGGUACGCACAAAGUUGGCGUCCCUGCUUUUGCCACAACCGAGCUACAAGGACGUGGCUGGCGAGCAUUGUUUGGCUGACUCCUAUCCCUCCGCUGGGGAUGAGGAUGGCUUGCUGUUGCUCGACCUAUGGGUGUUGCCAUCACAGGAAGACCCGCGGGCUAUGGCCUGGCGUCUUCCCAUGGCGUAUGGUUUGGUUCCAGCAGCGGCUGCGAAGGACCACCGAAAGUACAAGGCCCAAGUGGCUGCAGCGGUCAACUCUGCUGCGGUCUAUGGCUGCGACGCCUUGCUGAUCGCUGCGAAGAUGGGCUUACCUGGCACCUCCAAGGGCGAAGUCAUCUCUCCGGAGGAGGCAGCUGUGAUUUGGGCGGAUGUGCUGCGAAGUGCCAAAGGAACAGCCUUCAAACAAAUUGCCUUUUGUCUUGGCAGAGACGCGUCGCACCACCGGCGGCGCUUGGGUCGAGCGCUGGCCGCCGCCUUCGGCCUCGGGACGCCGCUGACGCAGUGA